AUGGUCUCUGCUUCUAAAAACCAAACUAAGGAAACAGUUGAAGAGAACGAUCAAGAUACUGGGUUCUGGAACUGUAAUUUUCCCAGGACUGAUACUCUCUUUACGGGAGAUCCACAGAAGAUACACAUAUUCCUACAAAACUUGAGAAUUGCAUUCCGGAUCUAUGAUAUCAGGUCUGAUGAUAUGAAACUUAAAAUACUCAUGAAUAGUUUGGGAGAUUCAGCUGCAGAAUGGCUUGAGUCACAACUGGAAAGAAUCGAAGGAGAUGAAGAAGCUCUGAAACUUAGUUAUGAACUGCCUGAGUGUAAAUUAAUGGUCCUAAGGAAAGCAUUCCACACUCAUCAACGAGGAUCCGUUCUUGAAUAUAAUAGGGCAUUUGAUGAAGCAUUGGAGAAGCUAAAAAAUCAACAAAAUGUGGAGGGGCAAUGGGCUAUAGAACUAUAUUUGGGUGGACUUAAAGAAGAAGUGGCAAUAGCGGUCCAUCAGAAGGAACCGAAACUCUUGGCAGAACGAUGGAACUAG